UUCAUCAUAGAGGCGCUAGUAUCGCUUGUUGUCCUUUUUCACCAUAUAAAUUUUCCAUAAUAUUACUCCGAAAUAAAAUUAAAUUAAUUGUAUUUAAUUCAUUGAUUUCAUUUAAAUUUGUGAAUUAAAAUAUAAUUGACAAGAUGUUUUAUCACAUACCGAUGGAUCAUGAUAUUUUGUUGCAUCCUCGUUAUUUUGGACCACAUUUAUUGGAUACAGUGAAACAAAAACUUUAUACAGAAGUUGAAGGAACUUGUAAUGGAAAAUAUGGUUUUGUGAUUGCUGUGACAUCAAUCGAUAAUAUAGGUGCUGGUAUCAUUCAGCCAGGUCAAGGUUUUGUACUUUAUCCUGUAAAAUACAAAGCUAUUGUUUUUCGACCAUUUAAAGGUCAAGUUCUCGAUGGAAUUGUGGUUCAAGUUAAUAAGGUUGGAUUGUUUGCUGAAAUUGGACCCUUGACGUGUUUUAUUUCACAUCACUCAAUUCCAUCGGAAAUGCAAUUUUGUCCAAAUAUCAAUCCACCAUGUUACAAAUCGAAAGAAGAAGACGUCGUUAUACAAGCUGACGAUGAAAUUCGAAUAAAAAUAGUUGGAACGAGAGUUGAUGCCAAUGGAAUUUUUGCCAUUGGAACGCUCAUGGACGACUACUUAGGUUUAACUUGCAAUUAAUGAAGAAAAAUAAUUUACUCGACAAUUAAUUCCAUUGACUGAAGAGUGAAAUUUUAUACUAUUUAUAUAUAUAUAUUUUUUUAUUAAUAAUAACUUUAUUUUAAAAAAUACUUUAGGUUUAUGUACAACUAAAUCUUUAAUGUGGUAAUUAAUACAACAAUCAUUUAACAUGUAUUUUCUAAAAUAAUUGAAAAGAAACAAAAAUUUUUUUUUAAAUGUAAAGCGUGUGCUUAUGUAUGAGUGAUUUCGAUUAUUUUAUCGAUCGCUUUCUUUGAAAUAUUAAUUAAAUGUACAUAUCAAUAUCUUC